CGGCGAUACGCGGUGGUGGUGGAAGCGAGAAUUGAAUUCCCAAACCUGCCACGUCAGCACGAUUCCUUUCCCACAACGCGUUUCCCAAAAUACCCUUCGAAAACCAAUAAAAUGCGGAUCUGACUCAACCACCACCAUCAUCAUCAUCAUCCACAGAACUGAACUCUCUCUUUUCUUGCUGCGAUUCUCAGUCACCUUCUUCCAUGGCGAAAACCUUCAAGUACGUUAUCCUCGGAGGAGGAGUUUCCGCUGGUUAUGCGGCGAGGGAGUUUGCCAAACAGGGAGUUAAGCCAGGAGAGCUGGCUCUCAUUUCUAAGGAAGCGGUAGCACCUUAUGAACGUCCUGCUCUAAGCAAAGCUUACCUUUUUCCAGAGUCCCCUGCUAGACUUCCUGGGUUCCAUGUCUGUGUUGGAAGUGGGGGAGAAAGAUUGCUUCCUGAGUGGUACCAAGAGAAAGGGGUAGAGUUAAUUCUCAGUACGGAAAUAGUAAAAGCAGACCUUGCUGCCAAAUCUCUGACCAGUGCUAAAGGAGAAACAUUCAAUUACCAGACUUUGGUUAUUGCUACUGGCUCAUCAGUUAUAAGGUUGACAGAUUUUGGUGUAGAAGGAGCUGAUGCUAAAAACAUCUUUUAUUUGAGGGAGGUUGAUGAUGCUGACCAAUUGUACGAGGCAAUCAAAGCAAAGAAGAAUGGGAAAGCUGUGGUUGUUGGGGGAGGAUACAUUGGUCUGGAGUUGAGUGCUGUCUUGAGACUCAACAAUAUUGAUGUUACUAUGGUCUACCCAGAACCUUGGUGCAUGCCACGACUCUUUACAUCUGGUAUAGCUGAGUUCUAUGAGAGAUUUUAUGCAAAUAAGGGGGUCAAUAUCAUUAAAGGAACUGUUGCCACUGGAUUCACUGCCAGUUCCAGUGGGGAGGUAAAAGAAGUAAAACUAAAAGAUGGAAGGGUCUUGGAAGCUGAUCUUGUUGUUGUUGGUGUUGGAGGAAGGCCUUUAACAUCCUUAUUCAAAGGGCAGGUUGAAGAGGAGAAAGGUGGAAUCAAGACCGAUUCCUCCUUCAAAUCAAAUGUUCCUAAUGUAUAUGCUGUUGGUGAUGUUGCUACAUUCCCUUUGAAAUUGUAUGAUGAGUUGAGAAGGGUUGAACAUGUUGACCAUGCUCGCAAAUCAGCUGAGCAGGCUGUGAAGGCCAUCAAGGCAGCUGAGGAUGGGAAAACAGUAGAGGAGUAUGAUUAUCUUCCAUACUUCUAUUCCCGUUCAUUUGAUCUGUCUUGGCAAUUCUACGGCGACAAUGUUGGUGACACCGUGCUUUUUGGAGACAACAAUCCAGCCUCAUCAAAGCCUAAGUUUGGAACAUACUGGAUUAAAGGUGGGAAAGUUAUCGGGGCCUUUCUGGAGGGUGGAACUCCUGAGGAGAACAAGGCUAUUGCCAAAGUUGCAAGGGUCCAGCCUCCGGUGGAGAAUGUGGAUCAACUCGCAAAGGAAGGUCUUUCCUUUGCUAGUAAAAUAUAAUUUUACUGUUGGGAAGGAUAAAAUUGCUUGUUGAUUGCAUAGAAUACAUUUGUAUUGGCUUCAUUUUACUCUAUAGUUAUGACUUAAGGAAUAAAGGAAUCUUAUUUGGAGAUUUUUGUGUGUUUGUUUGAUAUCUCAUUGUAAGGGAUAUAUAUGCUAUAUCAGGCCUACUCCAUUUCUCUAGCAACUUUCUUGUGUUCACAAACUCGGGCGUGCACCCAUUUGCAUUGUAAGUAACUGAUAAAAGGAAAAACCGAUUUUGGUGGAA